AGGAGCAUGGGAUGUAAGGACGAUCAUGGCGGAGGGGCGCAGUGUGCUGUUGCCAGGGCAACGCUAGGGAGGCUUUUACGUUUUACCUUUCCACUAGGCCCAACGAAGAGGCCAAAGUUGGAGGUGCUGUUAGGUCUUACUGCCUAUCCCUGACCCCCCCUUUGUUCCCCAUAGAAGAAACACAAGCCCUUAGGGUGGCCCUCUUUCAUGGUGAGGGGUCCUGGGGAGCCAUGGUGAAGCUGAGAGCCAAAUGCAUCGUGGCAGGCCCCCUGCUUUCCAAAGCAAAGUACUCAUGGUAAACCUGUAAACCAGAGGGAAAAAGUGGAGGAGAGUGGACUACUAAUCCAGGAGUUCUCAGAUUUGUAUGGAUAUCAAGUAGAACUUAGGUGAUUCAACAGUGGGGAAGAGUGCCUUGACCCAGAUGUUCUGUAAUGAUGGGGCUCAUUUUCAAAAAAACUAUACACUGACAACAGGAGUAGAAUUGCUGGUGAAGACAGUGCCUGUUCCAGAGACAAAUGAUAGUGUGGAACUCCUCAUCUUUGACUCAGGAGGCAAAGAAUUCUUCACUGAGAUGCUUGAGAAAUUGUGGGAACAACCCAACGCCAUUUGUAUUGUGUAUGAUGUAACCAGUGAACAAUCUUUCAAUAAUUGUGCUAAGUGGCUAGAAAAAUUGAAGACCCAGAGUUGUGGAAUUCAUAUACCAGGUGUAUUGGUGGGCAAUAAGACUGAUUUAACUGAUAGGCGAGUCGUGGAGCAAAAACAAGCACAAGAAUGGGCAGAAACCAAUGGUCUAGAGUACUGUGAGAUUUCAGUUAAAGAAAUGGAAAACUAUCAAACUCCUUUUCGCAUUUUAGCAAAUUCCUUCCACCAACUGUACAAAGAGAAGGUGGAAAUUUUUCACUCACUGCUUUGAGGUGGAUCUGAGUGUAUUACACAUACCUUACUUUUUUACUUGAGCCUGAAAAUAAUUAAAUGUUUAGUUAUCAUAGAUAAUGGCAUGAGAGAGUAGAAAUUAGACCUUAUGUCUUAUGUUCAUUUUCUUUCUGGUAAUUCUAAGGCAAACAAUCUAUAGAAGUUGUUUUCAACAGUCAUUCCAAGUCUUAGUUUGUUAUUGCCUAUUCUGUGACAUACAAUUUUAAAUGAAGUGUUGUUUGUGGGUUUUUAAUGAUUUCACAGUUUAAAUAUUGUGAAAGCAAGUAUAGUAUACAUAUUGUGAGAAAUUUCCAGAAAUAAAACGUAUAAAGUUGAUAGGCAGCAUUUACAAACGAAAUAACAGCCUGGCCAUUCUGGUGCAACUAAACUAUCAGAAAUAAAUAACAUUAAAUACUCUUCUAGAAUAAACUAAAAAUAAGAAACAAAAAUGAAAACAUUGUGUUUGGGUCUCAGGUAAAGCCUUUUAGGAAUGAAUUCUAUGAAGGGGUCGGAAUCAUGCAACACUCCAGCUGUUGUUGGACCACAGCUCCCAGCAACCUUACCCAUCAUAAACCAGUGGAGAGGAAUGCUGGAUGUUGCAGUCUGACAACAUCUGGAGAACCAUAUGAGACCUACCUCUAGUCUGUGGGGUAGUUACCACUGUUUGAAACGUUGUAGUGUCACUACAACAUUGAGCUCUGCUCCUGAAUUCACAGAACGGUUUGUUUUGAUUUGGCUCUUUAUUCUCCCACUUCGGCAAGCUAUUUAGCUAUCAAUGCCUUUUCUUUCUACCUUUUAUUACUUGGGAAUGUACUGCCCUCUGCUGGUGCAGAGAUCACUUAAGGAAGUGAUAUGGGGCAUUAAAAAUGCCUUCAGUGGUUUGCGUAACAUCCUCUUGGACACCAUAUUGGUUUACCAAAUGUAUAAGUUAGAAAGUUGCUUUUUUGACAAGUAACAUCCAUGUUACUGGUGACUGUCACGUUGUAGAAACGUAUGGGCUUCUGAUCUCUCAACUGUGAUAUACAAAGAAUUUCUUGUGCAAAUGAUAGAGAAUACCCUUGCUCCUUCUAAAUUGAGAGAGUGUACUGGAAAGGCUUGUCAUAACAUAUUUAUCUAUUCUGAUUUUUAUUCUUUCUUAUCCCAAGGGCUCAGGGCAGGUCAUAACAUGCAGCACAUAAAAUAAAAUCUAAAAAUAUCACAUUAUAAAACCUACACAACUCCAACUGUGUUAACACAUCUCAACAUAUGCAAGCUUAAUGCACUUACAAAAAGCCAGUUGAAAUUUCAGUAUACCAUCUACAGAUACCAAAAAAUAUAUAUAGAUAGAGUGAAUAUAAUAAAAGUAAUAGGUCAGCAGUCUCCUUGACUGGUGACAGGAGAAGUGGCCUCCCAGGUAUUUCUGCACUUGCCCAGUUAAUUAUGUUCUUGCAAGGGCCCAUUGGUUUCAGUAAAAUGUAUGCAACUGAUAUUUGUGGCAAAUGGUGUACAACUUGCUAUUGAUAAAGCUUAUUGAUUGAACUUCUGCUUAACACUGAAAUAUAUUUACUUAGAAUAGGAAUUUUUAUUGAUACAGCAGCUUGUGUAGAACCUGCCCUUUAAAGCAGAAGAAAAUGUACUGAGUGAACUCAUUCCAUACAGAAUGAAUGGGUAAAAUGUGAAGGUGGUGCUGUGUUUGGUCAGAUCUGAAUUGUGCCCAAAAGGCAUCCAUUAAAGGCAGAAUUAGUAAGUCUUCAGUCUUUUGCUAGAAACUUGUAAUACAGUAAAUCCCAUUCAGGACCCAUCUUAAAAGAAAGCUGAAUUUUAAUGCUGAUGCUUACAGAAGGGAAAAUGCUGCAUUUCCAUUUUUUAUGCAGCUCUUGCUACGUUUGGGCACUUUCACAUAUAUACAUAGAGACAGAAGUUCCCUGCUUUCAUCCCAGAUAUGGCUCUCCUCUCCUCCAGAAGUAGGCAGUACCUUUGAUGUAGCAUCUGCUUGCCUAUAUAAGAUAUAAAUCACUUAUAGCGUGGUGUAAGCACCUUCAUUUGUUUUUAAAUAUUUAUAUAUUUCCCAUCAUUAACAGAAUUUCAGGGCUCAGUUAAAUCAAACAGAAAUACUAAAACUCCACAGUAAAAACCAAAACUUUCACUAACCUACUGCAACAGCAGUACAGGAAAAACCAAAGUCAGUUUCCUCUUGUCAUCUUGACCUAUAGUUCUUGUGGCCCAAAACAUCAUUGGAGGAUCACUUGAGAACUUUUUGCAGGUUCUGGAUUUCUAGUCCUUUGCAGAAAUAGGAGUUGCUGGGAGGUAUUAUGGAAUCCUGCUUCUUCUCCAAUUUAAUAUGUAUGUCCUGAAGAAGCUUCAGGUUUGUGUGAGGCUGAAGUGGUUUCUUCACAUUCUUGUGUCUGCUUGAGUGUUGACAGGCUAGUUCCAGACUUCACUGUAGUGGCUGCUGUUUUAACUUUCACAGCACUAGCUGUUCUUGUUCUGAUCUGAGAGUCUUCUCUUUUCUCCUCAACAGUGGAGGGGGCAGCUUCAUUCUCGUGUCACAGCAUCAUGUAUCUCCUCCCUUGGAGCUGUGUUCUUCCUUUCUUCAAAAUGAAACCCAGGAUUGCCUUUUUGCCCUAGUCUCUGAGAAUGAAUCUAAAUUUCCUAGUGUUGAUAGCGUGAAUGUGACAGACCCUUUUUGUCAAGCAGGAGUUGGGGAAGGGGUCAGUUUUAUGAGUCUCCCUCAAGACAUGAAGUAUGAACAGGAACAACAUGGAGUUUGUGACAAGAGGAAAGCCACAUCCAGACUAAUUGAAAAGAUUUUAUUCCUGUUCUUUGCAGCUUUAUAUUAGGUUAAAAUAAACUGACCUGAGGAGCUGGUAUAUAAACUCCCUGAUUAUACUUGGAGCUGCAGAAAAUAUUCUGGAAUAAAUAUUUCUAUAUUGAUCUCCAAAAUAAAAUCAGAAAGAACAGGAACUAAAUCUGGGACUUUCUGGUAUUAUUUCAUCAUCAUCAUUUAUUUGUAUAGCGCUAUAAGUUUACAUAUGUUUUUAGUCAGUCUGGAUAUAUAGUAGGAGAAAAUUAGGCAUCACUAAUUUUCCCAGAAAGUGAAUGCUACAAAAGAAAUGGCUAGCAGAGGUAAAAUCCAACAUUCUGUUGGCAUUAGCAGAUGAGCUUUCUUCAGAUCCCUGCCUCCCUUCAGCUCUCUGCACCAUUAGAAAACCAUUUCCAGAGGUUUUCCUAGCCUUCCUGAGCCAGCUUGAGGAGGUGCAUAAAAAAACUGGAGUAUGGUGGAUCAGCCCCUUCUGGUUCCACUGCAGUCCAUUUGCCAGUGCCAUGGUUGGAGCACAGUAUGUUCUAAAUAAAUAAGGGUAAUUUCUGUCCCAGACUUCUGAACAAUUUGUCCCAUGUAACUACAGCAAUGAAGCUAGGCUAGUUCCUUAGGCUACGCCUGAAAUCCUUCUUGGCAAGAGUUAUUCAGUGGGUGUUUGCCAUUGCUUUGUUCUAAGGCUGAGAGAGUGUGAUUUGUCCAAGGUCACCCCACAGGUUUCCAUAACUAAGUUCUGUGUCACAGAGUCCUAGUCCAACACUCACUCAAACUGCUACACCACCCUGGCACUCUCCAUUUGCGUACCACUUGUUAAUUGUUUCUAGAUAGUUCAGAGAACUAGGCUUUCAGACAUUUAGACAGGAUUCAGACCGCCCAAAAAGGGUGGUCUCCCACCACCCUGGUUUGCUGUGUGAGGGAGCCGCAGCGGACAAACCAUGCAGCUCCCUCGCGCAGCA